AUGUCCAACGUCGAGCUCGGUGUCCAGACCGAAAAGGCUUUCCAGAAGCAGCCCAUCUUCCAGAACUCCAAGGCUGCUCUCAAAACCCGCGACCGCCGAUGGUACAAAGAUGUCGGUCUUGGCUUCAAGACCCCCCGUGCCGCCAUUGACGGUACCUACAUUGACAAGAAGUGCCCUUGGACUGGUCUCGUCUCGAUCCGUGGCCGUAUCCUGACUGGCAAGGUCGUGUCGACCAAGAUGACCCGUACCAUCAUCAUUCGACGAGAGUACCUUCACUUUGUCCCCAAGUACUCGCGAUACGAGAAGCGCCACAAGAACGUUGCCGCCCACGUUUCGCCUGCUUUCCGUGUCCAGGUUGGCGACACUGUCACCAUCGGCCAGUGCCGUCCUCUCUCCAAGACUGUUCGUUUCAACGUGCUCAAGGUUGCCAAGAACAAGUCGGCUGAGAAGGCUGCUAAGCAGUUCGGUCGCUUCUAA